AUGGAGGAUUAUUUAGCUUACAAUACUACCAGUGUAGAAAAUUCAUCCUAUUAUGAUGAUACAUUCUAUGAUAGUAGCAUGGAUAGUUGCGAGUUCAAUGCGAUGGAACCGUACAGGGACUACACUCAGGUUGGUUGGGUGUCCGCAAUUAUGACAUUUGCCUACGUCCUGGUUGCUACGCUGGCGUUGUUAGGUAAUCUAUUGGUGAUCUGGACUGUGUGGCGGAACUCGCACAUGCAAACGGUGACUAACUACUAUAUCGUGAACCUUGCCAUUUCCGACCUGCUCGUGGCGGCGCUUGUCAUGCCGCUCAAGCUGCUAGAGUACCGCGCCGAGUGCGAGUGGCACAUCUUCCGGAGCGAUGGGCUCUGCUCUGUCGUCUACUACCUUCUUCCGGUUUUCGUGUUUGCCAGCGUCCUGACGCUCGUCGCCAUAUCCAUAGAAAGGUACUAUGCUAUUGUUCACCCGUUGUCAGCGAUGAAAGUGAACAGCAAGUCGCGAACUCGUAAAAUCAUCGCUGUUACAUGGGUAGUCCCGAUCCUGGUGGCGUCUCCAUUUGUCUUCAGCAGAAGUUUGCCUUUCACCAUUCACAGCGAGCUUGGAUCCAUAUCAAGAGAAAUCUGCAAUGACCGUUUUGAUGAAAUUGACCUUGCCUUGUCUGGCGACCCUGCACGCACAGGGGAUUUUCGAAAAGGCUACUUUCUUUUUCUCUUCUUUGUUAUGUAUUUGACCCCAAGUGCUAUUAUUUUUAUCACGUGUGUGAAGAUUGCCAUUAGUCUUAUACAACCAAUAAACGUGGAAAACUCCAUUUACGGACGAAAGGAUACGAAUAGAAGACAGGAGGAGAACAAACGAAAGGUGGCUCGGAUGGUGGUCGUUAUCGCCAUGACGUUUAUCAUCUCCUGGUCGCCCCACUACCUGGUCAGCAUCAUCAGUCAGCUCCAGCCAAAUAGCUUUCUGCGGGAGGGCCACUACAUAUUCACAAUGCUUGUAACUCAUCUCUGUGGCUUUGUGAACAGUUGUCUUAACCCUAUCAUUUAUACAGCCAUGAGUCAGAGGUUUAGACGCAGUUUCAAGGACAUUUUAGGUCGUAUUAUAUACUGCUGCACAUGUCGACUGUUCGGACCAUACAGAGUAAGGUAUGGUCAAUCUCAGAGGUUUACGUCCACCUUUCGACAUACGUUAUCCGAGACUGACCCAAACCACAUCGCUAUGAAUGACCACGUGCACAGGAACAACACAGCGUUGACUGGACAUAAACAUCCGUCACAAAGUAGUAGCGGAACUGACUCAGACAUUCGGGAGUUACGAGAAGAGGAAAAGAACAUUGUGAAGAAAUAUGUAUUCAAAAACAAUGGUCAUAUUUGUAAAGCAGAAGAUAUUGUUAUACAAAACAAUUCCCCAUUAAAUGAACCUGAUUCGCCUUUGAAAGGGAUUUUAAAGAAUGGUACAAGAUAUGGUGAAUAUCAAAGCAGUGUCCUUUGUCAAAAACAGUUGUGCAAUGGAGAUCAUGUCGCGAAUGUUGCAGACGUUUAAAUGUUCAGUUUUUGCUUGUUCAUUCAAAGCCUUUAAUUUUACUUAAAGUUAAAUCUAAUUAAGCCCUGUUUAAGCGAAUACCUUGUUGUAGACAAACAUGUAUUGUCAACAAGAUGGUACAAAUGGAAAUAUAAAGAGUCACGUUAAAUACGACUGGACACAUUAAUAAACAAACAGGCUUUAUACAUGUAUAUUUAAAAUCAUUAUUUGUCUUCAUAAAUCUUCAAUCAAUCACCCAUGAGAAUCUAUAUAUCAUCGUAAUUUGUUUUGUUUUGUACUAUCUAUUGACUUGCCCUAAAGUAAUUGAUAAAGUUAUUCAGACGCGUCAUUAUGUUUUAUAUGUAUAAAUAUACUUUAGUCA